GAGGGUGAAAGCCACUGAUGUGAUGAGCACGUCAGUGACUCUGUGCUGGGAAAGACCGGUCAGCAUGGAGGGAGUUUCUCAUGAGAUCCACAUCGCCUACGGCUGUGAGGGAGAAGAGCCCAGAUCACAGAAAUGUGCCCCCAACACCACCACAGCUGUUCUUACUGAUCUGAGACCCGGGAUGAAAUAUACUUUCAACCUCACUGCAGUCCUUCCAAAAGGCAGCUGCAGCAAGACCAGCUCAACAUGCACAGAAACAAAGCCAUCUGCCCCUGAGAGGGUGGAAGCCACUGAUGUGAUGAGCAGGUCAGUGACUCUGUGCUGGGAAACACCGGUCUGCAUGGAGAGAGUUUCUCAUGAGAUCCACAUCACCUACAGCUGUGAGGGAGAAGAGCCCAGAUCACAGAUAUGUGCACCCAACACCACCACAGCUGUCCUUACUGAUCUGAGACCUGGGAUGGAAUAUACUUUCAACCUCACUGCAGUCCUUCGAAACGGCAUCUGCAGCAAGAUCAGCUCAACAUCCAUAAAAACAAAAACUAGUCUGGAUGAGCUGGUGUGUGACUUGGGACUGGAAGACCACCUGAAGAAAAAGCUGACUCUGAGCAAGGUGCUGGAGAUUGAUGGAGAGACUUCAAGUGAUGAAAGCAUCCAGUCUCUGAAAUCUCUGCCGUGGUGUUUCCUGAGGAGGUUGAUGAUGGUGAAUGUGACUGCUAGGAGUGUGAGUUGCACCUCAAAACAGGACACAGGACCUCAGACCCUGGGCAGCUUAUUGAACACCCUGGGCAAUUCACAGGGCUACAGCAACAGAGUCAACCCCCUGGACCUCAUAACUGCUAUAUUUCUCUGCUCCGAUGGCUUUCUCCAGCAGGAGAUGGUUUUGAAAAUGUCCAUGUGCCAGUUCUCUGUGCCUCUGCUGCUUCCUAAAUGUGACACACAGCAGUGCACUUUAAUGCUCUGGGCCAUGAGGGAUAUUGUGAAAAGGUACAAGCCACACUCUUUGGAGGACCAAAGAGGGUUUGUGGAGGAGAACAUUGUUCUUUCUGAGCUCCCCAUGGUCUCGUUUGUGAGGCUGAGAAACAGCAGCUUGUCCAAGUCUCAGAUCCUGAACCAAGUUCUCAGCAACCCUCAGCAGUACCAUGACACCUUUGUUCACAGAAACAUGGAGUGUGGUGACAACCCAAAGAGGAUUUCCAAUGGGCUGGUGGAGAUCAGCUGGUAUCUGCCCAGUGGGAAGAGAAACAUUGACAUCUUCUCUGAGCCACUGGCUAUAGCUAACCUCCGUGGGGACCUCAGGGACUUUGAAACUCAGUACGCUUUCCUUUGUCACAAAUCUGCUGCCGUAUUUGUGUUUUGUGAUGAUUUUGGGUCUGAAUACAAAUUUCUGGACUCCCAGCACCUGAAAGAUCAUUGGUUCUGGAUCAUCAAUUCACAGAGCAAGAGCUUCAAUAUGGAUGAUUUCAGCAGAUAUGUUUCUGAGUUACAGAUAAAACCCAGUAACAUCAUCAUAAAGGGUCCACAGAUGAACGAUGCAGAAUUAAUCAAAAAACUGUGUUCGGCUAUCAGUGGAAUUUUGAAGGGGAACAUGGUCAAGUUGAGUGUUGAAGGUAUGUCUGCUGUUGCCCAUGAGCUUGGAAUCCAUGUUGAUGAAGAUUACAUUUACUGUCUGAAUGGAAAGCAGAAGGCUGAUGCAAUCACAGAAAGGAUUUCUGAUAUACCAUGCUUCAAGGAGAAAGAGCUGCCCUUGCAAGGGAGUGCAUGGAAACAGCUGGCCAAACUGGAGAAGGAAGAGUGCAGGAUGAAAAAUGCUGGGAAGAAAAACAUAGAAGUUUACAGGAAUGAGCUUGCAGAACAGAAGCAGGAGCUCAGAGCACAGCAGAGGGCUCACAACAUCUCAAAGUCUAUGUCCCGUUUCAUCUCUGCAAUGUCCGGUUCCACAGAGGAAUGCAAGUAUUUCCUCAAGUGGAUGAGGAUCAACCUGGACAACCUGUCACGCAAAAGCCUUCCACGCCUUCGGGCCGAGUACAAGGAACAGUGUCAGAAUUCUCUUGAAAACAAGGAGCUCAUUGCAGCAUUGGACAGGAAGAUCUCUAGUUCCUCCUUGGGGACAGAGCACUUCCUGCGGGAAAUGGGUCAGCUGUACGAGUCGGCCUGCUCACAUCCCAAAGGCCUCACCUCUGAAAUUCAGCGACUGCCACGUCUGGCUGCUGAGCUGCUGCAGGAAGGCUUUCCUCUGGAGCUGGUGGAUGGAGAUGCAUCCAACAUUCCUCUGCAGUGGGUGACUCAGGUUCUGAAGGAACUCCAUAAUCUAACACAGUAUAAAAGUAAGAUCUGGGUGGUCACUGUACUGGGGGUGCAGAGCACUGGGAAGUCCACCCUCCUGAACGCCAUGUUUGGGGUCCAGUUUGCCGUCAGUAGUGGCAGGUGCACAAGAGGGGCCUUCAUGCUCCUCAUCAGAGUGAAAGAGGAUUUUAAAGAGCAGCUUGGGUGUGAUUACAUCAUGGUUAUUGACACUGAAGGUCUGAAGUCACCAGAGUUAGCCCAGGUGGAUGACAGUUGUGAGCAUGAUAAUGAACUGGCCACUCUGGUGGUGGGGCUGAGUGACAUCACAGUCAUCAAUAUUGCAAUGGAGAACUGCACAGAGAUGAAGGACAUCCUGCAGAUUGUGGUGCACGCCUUCCUGCGCAUGAAGGAAGUUGGGAGAAGACCCUGCUGUCAGUUUGUGCACCAGAAUGUCCCAGACGUCUCUGCCCAUGACAAAAACCUGAGGGACAGGAAGCAUCUCCUGGAGCAGCUGAAUGAGAUGACCCAAGCAGCAGCUAAGAUGGAAAAGAAGGGAAACAACAAAAAAUUUACUGAUGUCAUGGAGUAUGAUCCAGAGAGAAACACCUGGUACAUCCCUGGGCUCUGGCAUGGAAACCCUCCCAUGGCACCUGUGAAUGCUGGCUACAGUGAGUCUGUGAAUCUGUUCAAGAGGAGUGUGAUUGAGCAUUUUAAAGAACACAAAUCUGGAAAGAGCUUACCACACACAUUCAAUGAGUUUCUUGAAUGGGCCAAGAGUUUGUGGAGCGCAGUGAAGUAUGAGAACUUCAUCUUCAGUUUCCGCAACAGCCUAGUGGCUGAUGCUUAUGCUCAGCUUUGCACUGAGUUCAACACAUGGGAGUGGGAGUUCAGGAAGAGCAUGUACUCCUGGUUAAGCCAAGCUGAGACAAAGGUGUCAAACCUUGGCACAAUAGCAGCACAGGCUCAGCUAUCCUCCAAUGUAAAUGACUUACUGAGCAGCCUGAAAAGUGAGGCCUCUCUAGAACUCACUAAAGGGGAAAAGCUAAUUUUGGACAAUCUCACGGAAUUCUACGAGAGACCAGAGGGACACGUUUACUUGGUGGAGAAGUACAAGGAGGAAUUCAUAAACUCAGCCAAAGCCAUCCGGAUGGAGACAGAGAACUCUGUUAAAAACAAGCUAAAUGCCACGGUGGAGAUUAGACAGGGUAUGUUCAGGUUAGAGAAAAUCAAGAACAAUCAUACAGCUGUAAUGGAGCAGAAGGUGCUGGACCUGAUUGAGAACUGCAGGAAAAGUAAAGAUCUGUCAGAUAAACAACUAGAGGCUGAAUUUGAAACGAUGUGGAAAGAGACUGUGGAAGAACUGCAGUUCUCUGGCCUGGAAAAACGAGACAUUGUCCAAGACAUCAUCAACCAGCUGAUGGUUAACUUAGAGAUGAAAGGCAGCUCAGUACGUGAAAUGCUGUUGAAAGUUGGCGACUUGUCUGAAUGUGGAAUGGAGCCAUUCAAAGUGAUGAAGAGUAAAGGAAUGUUUAAAAAGAUGUGGACCACAAUUUUUGGAGAUGAGCAGAAGAUAAAAACACAACAGAUAACUGAUCACAUCAUCAUGUGCAGCAGGCAGUUUGUAGCUGAAAAGGUGGGAACAAGGUCUGAUUACCAUAACACGUAUAUGAUUGGCUUGUUUCAUAUAAUAGAUAAAAUCCUGGACAGGAACAUAGAUCUGGAAACAAGUGCUGACUUUGAGGUCAAGUUGAAGAUACACAUCUGUGGACAUGCAGCACGGGAGUUUCAAAAAAUGCAUUUGGAUUUUAACCGUGAAAAUGAUCCCCGUCACUGUCUGGAGCAGUUCAAGGAACAGUACCGCACUGACUUUAAGGACCUGUUCCAUAAAAGAGACCAGUGUCAGAAGAAAGCAGAGGAGUUCACCUUCAACUGUCUUGCACCUGCAGUGAAGGAAUACAUCACCAAGUCUCUGGGCCCUGACCUUGUGGAUGAAAUGUUGACAGGGAAGAAAGCCAUUGAUUUUAGCACUCGAACUUUCUUCCAGUUCUCAGUUCUCAACGAGCUGCUUUCAGAUGAUGACUUUAAGAACUUUGAGAAUUACAUAAGUAAUUAUGACACCUUUGUGCAGGACUGGAUAUUCAAGCUGAUGGUUAAGCAGUUGUCAAAGGGAGAUGGUCUCAGAACCAUUGAGAUGAAGCACCUGAGGGCGAUAUUAGAAAGAAUAUUGGAAGCCAUUAAGAAAGCAGAGAAGAAAGCCAGUGAACGAGCGACAGUAAGGGAUGAGGAGGAGGACCAAAACAUUCGGCAUUUCAUUCAGGAUAUCUGUACUGACCUACAGGAGCUUGUCAUCCCCAAAGACCCCCUUGAUGUGGUCCUGGUGUUAAACACUGCCAAGCCAGUAGACUUUUCCCAGUGUCUGAAGGUGCUUGUGGAAGAAAUGGAGCAGUCCUUUACUGCAGAGUUUCAGGAAGAUGGGGAUUUGAUAACCAGGCUGACCUCACUGCCCUUUCAGCCACAGAAGGAGCUGUUUAACAGGGUGUUUGGGUGUGGGAAGCAGUGUCCCUUCUGCAAGUCCCCGUGUGAAGCUGGCGGCAAGGACCACACAGAGCACUUUGCUUCCAUUCACCGUCCUAAGGGGAUUGGGAGAUACAGAUUUCAGGACUCCCGCAAAUUGGUGUGUGACAUCUGCUCUACCAGUGUUGCCAGUGAGGCAAUGUUCAUGUCAAGAGAAACGGAGGGGAAAUAUCAUCCAUACAAGGACUAUCAGAGCAUUUACUCUGACUGGCGCAUCCAGCCUGACACUAGCAUCCAGGCCUCAGACUACUGGAAGUACGUCUUCAACAAGUUUAACAAGCAGUUUGCCAAGGCGUAUAACGCUGAGCCUGCAGACAUUCCCACCCUUUGGAGAGAUGUAACCCAAGACCAAGCCAUGAAAAGCCUGAAGGAAUACUUCCAGAUGAAAACAUGAGCUUAAAUGGAUGUUUUCAUGUUUCUGAUUGGAAUGAAUAUGAAAUAGUAUACUCACAGGUACUACUCAUAAUAGUAAAGCACCUGUAGAGCCUCAGCCAAGUUCAUCAGCAUGGAAUCCUUCCAGAUUAAAACAGAAGGAGAUUAAAUUAAAUGGAUUAUAUGGCCCCUGUUUCAGUCUGGUUGAAAAUUAAUUUUCUGAGUGGCCUACUCAAACAUAUCAUGGCUAAUCACAAAAAGUGCCCCAACCAAAUUGAAUCCUAUGAAAGAAAGGGCUAUAGUUUAAAAAUAAAAAUACAAUAAAAAUAAAACACAUUUCAAAAUUGGAACAUUAAAUUAAAUCAUCUCUGAUGUUAAGAAAGAGAAUCACUGAUACGUACAUUACUGCAUUUUUGCAGCCUUCACUGAGUUGCCUCUGACACUCAGAUACAGAUAAUACCAUCAGCCAGUCAUUAUACAUACAAAACCACAUACAUGCUAAAAGGUGAUGUUACGUCUAUCAUAACCUAUGCAGCUUUUAUCUAUACACACCGUCUGAGUUAGCAUGGCUGAGCUUUGUUCAUUAUUACAUUGCAUGGAUAUAUAAUCAAUGGAAGGUAACUAGGUUGAGAUAUUUUAAGUUUGUUUAAUUUUUAGACCUUCUCUAUAUCAAAAAGAAUACUUUUAAUGAAAAUACAGAUUACAUUUUAUGCUUUUUUUCUAUGCUUCCUAUAAUUAGUCUUUUCUAUUUAUAAAGCACAUAACCUUCAUGUGUUAUUGGUAAUAUUAUCAGCUCUUCAUCACUGCUUGCUUGGCUGUUUGAAGUCAUACAUUAUUAAGUGCCUUGAUAAUCUGUUUACACAAUAGCAUAGGUUUCAUCCAUUCAUAUUCUUCAAAUAUUUUAAUCACGAUUUCUUGCUACAAUGUUAAAAGGAUUGUUGUUAUCACUUUAUAAGCCUUAAUAUAGAAAUCCACUGUUCCUGAAAAAAAGAAAAUUGACCUUUGAGGCCCAAAGAUGCCAUCCAUCCAUCCAUUAUCUAUACCUGCUUAUCCUGGUCAGGGACGCGGGGGCUGCUGGAGCCUAUCCCAGCAUGCAUUGGGAGAGAGGCAGGAAUACACCCUGGACAGGUCGCCACACACACCAUCCAAUCAUCCCUAUGGGCAAUUUAGAGUCUCCAGUUAGCCUGCCGACAUGUCUUUGGACUGUGGGAGGACAUACAAACUCCACACAGAAAGGCCCAGGGAUUCAAACCUAGGACUACACCACUGUGCCACCCUUAUAGCUUUCAUGAUGAUUAUUUUUCUUUUUUAGAAUGCUGGAUUAAAAAUUUGUUUUGCUUCUUUGCACUUAGUAAAAUUGAUGUAUUUCA